CUUAAAGACUUUCAAGUUUUUACACUAAACGGAAGGGAACACAUAUGACUGAGGCAACAAUGGAUGCCCAUUUCUCUUCCGAUCACUGGAUAAGGUAUGUGCUGCCAUAUCUUCUUUUUGUUGCCACCUAUAAUACAGUUUCUGCGGUAACACACUACUCCAUUCCUGAGGAACUAGAAGAAGGCUCCGUCGUCGCCAAUUUAGCUGGAGAUUUGGGAUUAGAUGUGAAGACGCUUGUCAGACGAAACAUGCGUUUGGAGAUCAUUGCCAAUAAAAAAUAUCUGGACGUGAACAAAGAAACUGGGGAGCUAUAUGCUGUUGAACGAAUUGACAGAGAAUCACUUUGUCCUGCCAAGACCUCCUGUUAUCUGAAAAUGGAAGCCAUCAUUGAAAACCCUAAAAGAAUAUUUUACAUCGAAUUAGAAAUAACGGAUAUAAAUGACAACGCACCCCAUUUUAGAAGAGAUACAAUAGAUUUAGAUAUUUCGGAAGCUACCCAGGCUGGCGAACGCUUUUCUGUUAAUAAUGCAGUGGAUUCAGACGUUGGUUCAAACUCUGUGAAAACAUACCUUCUGAGUGAGAGUAAUUAUUUCACAAUAGAAAUUCAAACUGGAAGAGAUGGCUCAAAAUUUGCUGAUUUGAUCCUGAAAAAGAAUUUAGACCGGGAGCAGCAAACUGUUCAUAAUUUAAUUCUCACAGCUGUAGAUGGCGGUACACCUGCACGUUCAGGGACGGCCAGCAUCAUUGUUCAUGUUUUAGACACUAAUGACAACGCCCCUACCUUUGAGGAAGAGAAUUAUCACAUCAUUAUAAUGGAAAAUUCUCCCAUUGGAAGCCUUGUGAAACGUCUAAAUGCUACUGAUUUAGAUGAAGGGUCAAAUUCUGAUUUAAUAUACUCAUAUAGUCUUUAUACAUCAGAGAAAACGCAAGCAACAUUCAAUCUAAAUCCCAACACAGGCGAGAUCACUGUAAAGGGAAUAUUAAACUAUGAAGAUUUCAAGAUUUAUGAUAUGGAGGUUAUAGCAACAGACAACGGAGCCAAUAGCUUAUCAGGACAAUGUAAAUUAACAAUCAUCGUUAAAGAUAUGAAUGACAAUCACCCAGAAAUAUCUAUCAAAUCGUUUCAGAGUCCAGUCAAAGAAAACAUAGAAUUAGACACAGUGAUAGCAGUGGUUAGUGUCGGUGAUAAAGAUUCAGGUGAUAAUGGGAUAGUUGAUCUUCAUAUUCCUGAUAAUAUGCCUUUCAGACUGAGGGAAUCUUCUGAUAACUAUUAUGAGUUGGUAGUGUCAGAACCAUUGGACCGUGAGAAGAUUCCAGAAUAUGACAUCGUAUUCACUGUAACAGACAGAGGUUCUCCUCCAUUAUCAGAUAAUGAAACUAUGACUUUGGAGCUACUGGAUAUUAAUGACAAUGUCCCUCAGUUCCCUCAGUCCUUCAAUACUAUACGUGUAAUGGAGAAUAACGCCCCUGGGGCCUUGUUGAGUUCCCUCACUGCGUUUGACCCAGACCUCCAUGAAAAUCAGUAUCUAGUUUAUUUUAUCAUAGAGAAGGAGAUCGCCAACACCUCCAUGUCCAUGCUGUUCUCCAUCAAUCCAGAGAACGGUAAUCUUUACGCACUUAAGACGUUUGACUACGAGAUGGAGAAAGAGUUUCUUUUCCACAUUGAGGCCAGAGACUCUGGUGUUCCUCCACUCAGCAGUAAUGUGACGGUCCACAUCAUUAUUGUGGACCAGAACGACAACACUCCUGUCAUUGUCUCUCCGUGGCGCGCGCACGGCUCUGUGGUGGAGGAGAAGAUCCCCAGAUCCACGGAUAAAGGCUCUCUGGUUGCCAAGGUGAUAGCCAUAGACACUGACUCGGUGCUGAACUCUCGGAUUACAUACCAGUUUCUGCAGGUGACUGACGCCACCUUAUUCAGUCUGGACCAAUACAACGGAGAGAUCCGGACCAUGAGGAUGUUCAGUUACAGAGAUCCACGUCACCAGCGUCUGGUUGUUGUUGCCAAGGACAACGGGGAUCCCGCUCUCUCUGCCACAGUCACCAUCAAGCUGUCCACAGUGGAGACUGCUGUCAAAGCCUACUCUGACAUGACUGAGGUGCCUCUGGAAUAUGACAUCUUUUCGGACUUAAACCUGUAUUUGGUCAUCGGUCUGGGCUCGGUGUCAUUUCUCCUCUUGAUCACCAUAUUGGUCACCAUCGUGCUGAAGUGUCAGAAACCCAAGCCCGGCAAAGCGGCUCCUCCCUGUAGGAACAGUGUGAUCAGUGAGAGGAACUCGACCAUCGCAGACUCCACCCUGGUCUCCAACGAUGCCUACUGGUACAGUCUGUUUCUAGCGGAGACCAGGAAGGGAAAGCUGGUCGUUCGACAGCCUCUGCCAAAGGGCUCCAGGUACAUUGUGUCCAGUAUACCAAGGAGCACAGGGCUGACAGAGACUAGUGACUCGGCAGCCUCUACUCUGCAGGUAAGGAAAACCUCACAUCAUCAAAACUUCGGACGCAUCACAGAUAUUAGGAGUCAACAUCUACAAAUUUCAGCUGUAAUGUCAUGGCAAAUUUGUUGA